AUGCCAAAGAGUGUGCCAGUGUCUAAACAGCUCUCCUCCAUUAAAGCUUUGGCCAGAGGCUCUGACCUGGAGAAGGCCAUAGCGACAGCAGCACUGGUCUUUUAUAACUCGGCAGGACCAGAUGGCAGAGUCAGCAAAGGAGACGCCAAAGAAAUAUUACUGACACAGUUUCAGACUUUCAUGCGGGGACAAGAGUCAAAACCAAAAUACAGAGAGGUCAUGGAGGACCUGGAGAAGGAUGCGGGUAGGAGAAUAGCAGUAGAGGACUUCCUGCUUUUCAUCCUCAGCCUGACAGUCACUUCAGAGCUGCUGCCAGAAAUUCAAAGAGCAAGAUCACAGUAA